CCAUGGUCGCUCCCUGCGAUCCGCUGCGCGCAGCCAUCCCUGCCCCCGCCGCCGCCGCCGCCGAUCAGUCGUCUUGCAGAGCAUGCAAGUCUGCACCCCCACCGCUGUAUCCUCCACUCCAGAAAAGAGCCGACGGAAAGACGUGUCUCUUUUAUUACUAUUAAAUAUUAUUCAUCUGAUUUCAUUGCGCGCAGCUGUUUUUUCUUCUUUUUUUUUCUUUUUUGGCUUCAUCGGGCACUGUCUUCGCCGCGGAAUGGAUUGCUCCGUCUGAUUCCAGCAAUCCGGUGACAUGUUGAACCGGAGGCUUCCAGCCUGCCACCUCCGUCAGUUCUCAGACAGCGCAAAGAAAAGUAUUCAGUGAACAAGUGCGUGCGGCAAGCGCCCGGCGGCUCAAAUCGAGGAAUCGGAGGAGGGGUUUGGGAGGUAGGAAAAGAAAAGUUGGAAGUUGAAGAAAAGGAGGAUUAUGCGGUGAGUGCCGCACAUUUCCGCGAACAGGUGACCGAAAUAUCAGCGGACAUUGUGGGGGGUGGGGCACUUUAGGAGGCCUCUCCACCCCCUCCCUGACUUUGACGCGUCGCUCCUUUGCUGCAACGUUUACCCCAGAGGAUCGCCGUACUUAACCCAACAUCAGCAUGGAUCUAAAAGACCGGAGGAAUCGCUCCCUCACCAGGAGUCGUUGCUCCAAAGACUCCCAGUACAACACCUCCUCACUCGAUGCAGACGAGCGCCGCGUGCCCACCCAGAAGUCGUACAGCUCCAGCGAGACGCUGAAGGCCUUCGAUCAUGAGCAGAGGCUUCACUAUGGCGGCUGCGUGACAGAUUUGGUGCACCACGAGUCUGAUGAGUAUUCCAGGCAAGGGGGUAACUUCACCCUCGCUGAGUUGGGAGUUUGUGAGCAAACUCCCCCGCCGCAUCCCGCUGCCGUUCCCUACUGUCCUGACCUGGGCCUCCUCCAGAGGGGUUACUCCCUCAGCGCCGGCUCAGACGCGGACUCGGACCCAGAGGGGCCUUUGUCUCCAGAGCGAGCCAUUCAGCUGUGGGCCGGGCGCGCAGGUGUGAAAUCUCGCCGCAGCUCGGGCGUGUCCAGCCGUGAGAACUCGGCCCUCACCCUCACUGACUCCGAGAAUGACAACAAGUCUGAUGACGAGUCAGGUCGCCCACUCCCUCCAACCUCCUCCUCCACCCUGCUCCCACCGUCCCUCCCGUCCUCCUCGUCUGCCCCUCAUCACCCCUCCCCCGGUCCGUCCCCACCCAUCAGGGAAUGCCAGGUUCCCCUGCUGGAGAAAAACUCCACCCACUCCCACCUGGAGCCCCACCGAGAUGACUCGUACCUGCUCCGGGCUCAGUCCGCCUCCACGGGGGCCUCCAACCACCACAGUCAGUCCACGCUGCAGCCUCCACUGCCGCCUCCACACAACCACCACAACCUGUCCCACCAGUCUGCAAACAGCCUGAACAGAAACACCCUGAGGGGGGGACGGAACCCCAUUCACGCCCCGGCUCCGGGCACCGGAGAUGGACCCACCACCCCGGAGUCGGUCCAGCUACAGGACAGCUGGGUGCUCAACAGCAACGUCCCGUUGGAAACCAGGCACUUCUUGUUCAAGACGUCAUCAGGGACCACCCCGCUCUUCAGUAGCUCCUCCCCCGGAUACCCGCUGACGUCGGGGACGGUGUACUCUCCGCCGCCUCGCCUGCUGCCCAGGAACACCUUCUCUCGCUCAGCCUUCAAGCUGAAGAAGCCGUCCAAAUACUGCAGCUGGAAAUGCGCGGCAGUUACGGCGAUCGCAGCCGCCGCCCUGCUGGCCAUCUUACUGUCCUACUUCAUUGCGAUCAACUUGCUGGGUCUGACGUGGCAGCUGAAGCCCUCUGACGGCCCUCUGUUAAACAACGGACUGGGAGCCGGUCUGCCUGUCAACAGUGACGUGGCCACACUGCCCUCUGGAGGCAGAGGUUCGUGGGCAGGCAGAAACAGCAGCAUAGACACCGGGAACAUCGAGGUGGGCAGGCGGGUGACCCAGGAUGUCCCCCCGGGAGUGUUUUGGAGAUCCCUCCUCUAUCUCAGCCAGCCGCAGUUCCUCAAGUUCAACAUCUCCCUCGGGAAGGACGCCCUCUUCGGAGUUUACAUUCGCAAGGGCCUGCCCCCAUCGCACGCGCAGUAUGACUACAUGGAGCGCCUCGACGGGAAGGAGAAGUGGAGCGUGGUGGAGUCCCCGCGGGAGAGGAGGAGCAUCCAGACCGUGGUCCUGAACGAGGCGGUGUUUGUCCAGUACCUGGAUGCCGGCGCCUGGCACCUGGCCUUCUACAACGACGGCCGGGAGAGAGAGUCGGUCUCCUUCAGCACAAACGUCAUGGAUUCGGUGCAAGAGUGCCCGCGCAAUUGCCAUGGCAACGGAGAGUGCAACUCGGGCGUGUGCCACUGCUUCCCCGGAUUCCACGGCAUGGACUGCUCCAAAGCUGCUUGCCCGGUGCUGUGCAGCGGCAACGGCCAAUACGACAAGGGUUCCUGUGUGUGUUACAGUGGCUGGAAGGGACCCGAGUGCGACAUCCCCGUCACGCAAUGCAUAGACCCUCUUUGCAGCGGCCACGGCACCUGCACCGAUGGAAACUGCGUGUGCUCCAUCGGCUACAAGGGGCCGAACUGUGCAGAGGUGGAUUGCCUGGACCCGACGUGUUCCAACAACGGCAUCUGCGUGAACGGAGAGUGCCACUGCAAGCCGGGGUGGGGAGGGCUCCACUGCGAACUGCCCAGGGCCCAGUGCCCGGACCAGUGCCACGGCCACGGCGCCUUCAUCCCAGACACCGGCUUGUGCAGCUGCGACCCCAACUGGAUGGGGCCCGACUGCUCCAUGGAGGUUUGCUCAGUCGACUGCGGGACCCACGGCGUGUGCAUGGGCGGGGCGUGUCGCUGCGAGGAAGGCUGGACCGGGGCCGGCUGCGACCAGCGCGUCUGCAACCCGCUGUGCAUCAAACACGGGACCUGCAAGGACGGCAAGUGCCAGUGCCACCAGGGCUGGAACGGAGAGCACUGCACCAUCGACCAUGGGAGCAUGGUUGACAAAGCAGACGGCUGUCCCAACUUGUGUAACGGGAACGGCCAGUGCACCAUGGGUCAGCAGAGCUGGCACUGCGAGUGCCAGACAGGCUGGAGGGGCCCCGGAUGCAGCGUUGCCAUGGAAACCUCCUGCGCUGACAACAAGGACAACGAAGGAGACGGACUGACGGACUGCAUGGAUCCAGACUGCUGCAUCCAGAGUCCCUGUCAGAACAGCCCCCUGUGUCGGGGCUCCCGGGACCCCCUGCUGGUCAUCCAGCAGAACCCCAUGUCCCAGCCUCGAGUUAGAUCUUUCUACGACCGCGUCAAGAUGCUGGUGGGACGGGACAGCACCCACAUCAUCCCCGGGGAAAACCCGUUCAACUCCAGCUUGGCGUCCCUCAUCCGGGGUCAGGUGCUGACCACAGACGGAACCCCACUGGUGGGGGUCAACGUGUCUUUUGUCAACUAUCCACACUACGGAUACACGCUGACGCGGCAGGACGGAAUGUUUGACCUGAUAGCUAACGGCGGCGCCUCUCUGACCCUGCGGUUCGAGCGUGCGCCCUUCCUGAGCCAGGAGCGCACCGUGUGGCUGCCCUGGAGCCAGUUUUAUGCAAUGGACACGGUGGUGCUUAAGACAGAGGAGAACACGAUCCCAGGCUGCGAUCUGAGCGGCUUCGUCAGGCCUGACCCUGUUGUGAUUGCAUCCCCUCUCUCCUCCUUCUUCAGCUCCAAGCCAGGGGAGAAACCCAUCAUACCGGAGACACAGGUGCUGCAUGAGCAGAUCGAGGUGCCCGGCACGGGCCUCAAGCUGUGCUACCUAAGCUCCCGCACACAGGGCUACCGCUCCCUCCUCAAGGUCACCAUGACCCCGGCCGUAGUGCCGAUGGGCCUGCUGAAGGUGCACCUGAUGGUGGCCGUGGAGGGCCACCUCUUCCAGAAGUGGUUCCACGCCUCCCCGAACUUGGCCUACACCUACAUCUGGGACAAGACGGACGCGUACGGGCAGAGGGUCUACGGUCUGGCCGAAGCCGUCGUGUCGGUGGGCUACGAGUACGAGUCGUGUGCCAGCCUGAUCCUCUGGGAGAAGAGGACCACCAUCCUGCAGGGCUACGAACUGGACCCCACCAAUUUGGGCGGCUGGUCGCUCGACAAGCACCACAUACUCAACACCCGCAGCGGCAUCCUGCACAAAGGCAGCGGCGAGAACGUGUUUGUGACAGAGCAGCCCCCGGUCAUCACGAGCAUCAUGGGAAACGGACGCAGGCGCAGCAUCUCGUGCCCGAGCUGCAACGGCCUCGCGGACGGCAACAAGCUGCUGGCACCGGUCGCCUUGGCGAUGGGCACCGACGGCAGCCUGUACGUCGGCGACCUCAACUUCGUGCGUCGGGUCUACCCGUCGAUGAACACGACGGGAAUCCUGGAGUUGAGGAACAAAGACUUCAGACACAGCAAUAAUCCAACCCAUAAGUACUUCCUGGCGGUGGAUCCGGUAUCCGGGGCGCUGUUCAUCUCGGACACCAACUCCAGGCGGAUUUACAGGGUCCGCUCGCUGACGGGCGGCCGGCUGCUGUCGGACAACGCGGAGGUGGUGGCGGGGACAGGGGAGCAGUGCUUACCCUUCGACGAGCGCUGCGGUGACGGUGGAAAAGCCACUGAAGCUACGCUAAUGAGCCCCAAAGGCAUCGCUGUGGAUAAAAAUGGCCUGAUGUAUUUCGUGGACGCCACCAUGAUCCGCAAGGUGGACCAGAAUGGCAUCAUCUCCACUCUGCUUGGCGCCAACGAUCUAACUGCCGUCCGGCCGCUGAGCUGUGACACCAGCAUGGACGUCAGCCAGGUCCGUCUGGAGUGGCCCACGGACUUGGCAGUGAACCCCAUGGACAACUCUCUCUACGUCCUGGAAAACAAUGUCAUCUUACGCAUCACUGAGAACCACCAGGUGAGCAUUAUUGCUGGCCGGCCCAUGCAUUGCCAAGUGCCAGGCAUUGACUACAGCCUCAGUAAGCUGGCUAUACACGCAGCCCUGGAGAGUGCCACAGCCAUCGCCCUGUCCCACACCGGCACUCUCUACAUCGCUGAGACAGACGAGAAGAAGAUUAAUCGAGUCAGACAGGUGAACACCAACGGAGAGAUCUCUCUCCUGGCCGGUGCCGCCUCCGACUGUGACUGCAAGAACGACGUCAACUGCAACUGCUUCUACGGCGACGACGGCUACGCCCCCGACGCGGGUUUGAACUCCCCGACGUCCCUCGCCGUCUCCCCCGACGGCACCCUCUUCAUCGCCGACCUCAACAACAUACGCAUCAGGGCGGUGCGGGCGAACCGGCCGGGCCCGGCCCUCUCGAGCGUGGGGUUCGCUGGAUCAGCACAGUACGAGGUGGCGUCACCGAGGGAACAGGAGCUGUACGUCUUCGACGGCGAGGGACUUCACAUCCAGACGGUCAGCCUCGUGACCGGGGAGCCCCUUUAUAACUUCACCUACGGCUCGGACGGCGAGCUGGUCAUGCUGGUGGACAACUGCAACAACACCGUCAAGGUCAGGAGAGACGGCCAAGGACAGGGAGGAGGAGCCGGCCUGCUCAGGCUGGUGCUGCUGCCCGAGAAUCAGGUGGUGACCCUCGGAUUGGACCCGACCGGGGGGCUGCGCAGCGUGUCCGCCAUGGGCCAGGAGGUGGCUUUGAUGGGCUACAGCGGGAACACGGGCCUGCUGGCCACCAAGGCUGAUGAAACCGGAUGGACAACAUUCUAUCAGUACGACAGCGAGGGCCGCCUGACCAACGUGACGUACCCGACGGGCAUGGUGACGAGUCUCCACCGCGAGAUCGAGCGCUCCAUCAACAUAGACAUCGAGAGCUCGAGCCGAGACGACGACGUCACCGUCAUCACCAACCUGUCCUCGGUCGAAGCCUCGUACAUAGUGGUGCAAGACCAGGUGAGGAACAGCUAUCAGCUGUGCAACAACGGCACCCUGAGAGUGAUGUAUGCCAACGGAAUGGGCAUCAGCUUCCACACUGAGCCCCACAUCCUGGCAGGUUCCGUCAGCCCCACUAUCGGCCGGAGGAACAUCACCCUGCCCACCGACAACGGACUCAACUCCAUUGAGUGGCGUCUGCGCAAAGAGCAGACCAAGGGCCGGAUCACUGUGUUUGGGAGGAAGCUGAGGGCUCACGGACGCAAUCUUCUCUCCAUCGACUUCGACCGCAACACCCGCACUGAGAAGAUUUACGACGAUCACCGCAAGUUCACUCUGCGCAUCAUGUACGACACUCAGGGCCGCCCGGCCAUGUGGCUGCCAAGCAGCAGCUUGGCAGUCGUCAACGUUUCCUAUUCGCCCACUGGACAGCUUGUGGGUCUGCAGAGGGGUAGCAUGAGUGAGAAGACAGAGUUUGACUCCCAGGGUCGCAUCCUGUCCCGGUCGUUUGUGGACGGGAAAAUCUGGAGCUACAGCUACCUUGAUAAAUCCAUGGUGCUGCUGCUGCAGAGCCAAAGACAGUACGUCUUUGAGUUUGACGCCUCAGGUCGGGUCACAGCUGUCACCAUGCCCAGCGUCGCACGCCACACCAUGUUCACGCACGUGUCUGUCGGCUACAUCCGCAACACCUACAACCCCCCAGAGAGCAACGCCUCCAUCAUCCACGACUUCAGCGAGGACGGCCGGCCGCAGGCCACGCACUACAUGGGCACCGGCCGCCGCGUCCUCUACAAGUACGGCAAGCUGGCCAAGCUGUCGGAGAUUGUGUACGACAGCACCGUCGUCACGUUCGGGUACGACGAGACGGCCGGAGUCCUCAAGAUGGUCAACCUGCAGAGCGGCGGCUUCUCUUGCACCAUCCGCUAUCGCAAAAUGGGCCCCCUUAUCGACAAGCAGAUCUACCGCUUCAGCGAGGAGGGCAUGGUGAACGCGAGGUUCGACUACACCUACCAUGACAACAGCUUCCGCAUUGCCAGCAUGAAGCCUGUCAUCAGCGAGACCCCGCUGCCUGUUGACCUCUACCGAUACGAUGAGAUCUCUGGAAAGGUGGAGCACUUUGGGAAAUUCGGGGUCAUCUAUUAUGACAUUAAUCAAAUCAUCACCACAGCCGUAAUGACGCUGAGUAAGCAUUUCGACACCCACGGUCGCAUCAAGGAGGUCCAGUACGAGAUCUUUCGUUCACUCAUGUACUGGAUGACGGUGCAGUAUGACAGCAUGGGCCGGGUUGUGAAGAGAGAGCUAAAGAUUGGGCCCUACGCCAACACCACUCAGUACCGCUAUGACUAUGAUGGAGAUGGACAGCUCAGCGGUGUCAAGGUGAAUGACUGGUCCACCUGGCGCUACAGCUACGACCUGAACGGCAACCUCCACCUGCUGAAUCCGGGCAACAGUGCCCGGAUCCUUCCCCUCCGCUACGACCUCAGGGACCGCAUCACCCGCCUAGGAGACGUCCAAUACCGCCUGGAUGAGGACGGUUUCCUCAGCCAGCGCGGCUCGGACGUUUUCGACUACAAUUCCAAAGGCCAGCUCCUGAGGGCCUACAACAGAGGACCGGGAGGCUGGAGCGUGGUGUACCACUACGACGGGCUUGGCCGUAGGGUGUCCACGCGGAACAGCCUGGGACAGCACCUCCAGUUCUUCUACGCUGACCUGAACCAUCCGACCAGGGUGACGCAUAUCUUCAACCACUCCAGCUCUGACAUUUCAUCGCUCUACUAUGACCUGCAGGGCCACUUGUUUGCAAUGGAGGUGAGCAGUGGAGAGGAAUAUUACAUUGCAUCCGACAACACAGGAACCCCACUGGCAGUUUUCAGCAGCAACGGGCAGAUGAUCAAACAGGUGCAGUACACAGCCUAUGGUGAGGUGUACCUCGACUCUAACCCAGAGUUCCAGCUGGUGGUGGGUUUCCACGGCGGUCUGUACGACCCAUUGACCAAGCUGGUUCACUUCACCCAACGAGACUACGACGUGUUGGCCGGACGCUGGACCUCGCCUGACUACAGCAUGUGGCCCAAGAUAGGAAAAGACCUCUCCCCGUUUAAUCUGUACAUGUUCAAAAACAACAACCCCCUCAGCGACAUGCUGGAUGUCAAAAACUACGUCACAGAUGUGAAGAGCUGGUUGGUGAUGUUUGGCUUUCAGCUCAGCAACAUAAUCCCAGGAUUCCCUCGACACUCGCUCUACUUUGUGGAGCCGCCGUAUGAGCUGCAGGCCACCCAGCACUGUGAGAAUGGGCAGCUCAUCACUGGCGUGCAGCAGGCGGCAGAGCGCCACAACCAGGCCUUCAUGGCCCUCGAGGGCCGCCUUCUCAACAAAGAGCGCCGCAGACGUAAAGACAAGCCCGGCCACUGGUUCGGCACCAGCACCCCCAUUAUCGGCCGCGGAGUGAUGCUGGCGCUGAAGGAGGGCCGCGUUGUGGCCGGCGUGUCGCCGCUGGCCAGUGACGACAGCCGCAAAAUAGCUCUGGUGCUCAACGGCGCCCAGUACCUGGAGGGCACUCACUACACUCAGGACGGGAAGGACUGCCACUACUUUGUGAAAGUGGGGUCUGCCGACAGUGACCUUUUGGCCCUGGGGCUCACAAACGGGCGGAAGUCUCUGGAGAGCGGCAUCAACGUGACGGUGAGCGGCCGGUCGAGGAGAGGCGUGACCGUGGAGUUCGCCGUCCCGUCGCUAGUGCUGAGCAUUCGCUACGGGCUCUCUGUGGAUGUGGUGGACGAAGAGAAGGUAAGACUGCUGGAGCUGGCCCGACAGAGGGCCCUGGCGGGGGCCUGGGCCAAGGAGCAGCAGCGCACGAGGGACGGGAAAGGCGGCAGUCGCCUCUGGACCGAAGGGGAGAGGCAGCAGCUUCUAACGACGGGUCGGGUCCAAGGCUACGACGGCUACUACGUGCUGCCGGUGGAGCAAUACCCAGAACUGGCCGACAGCAGCAACAACGUCCAGUUUCUCAGACAGAACGAGAUGGGCAGGAGGUAACAGCCCACCCGAACCCCGCUGACUCUUCCCAUCUCUCCCGACACCUCCGAAUUUUGUCCCUUUUUUUUUCCUACCCAGCCUCCUUAACCUUACUCCUCUGAAAACCUACGGAGAACUAACCAACAAACGGGGUUACUCGCGGAACGCUGCAGGGACUUUUAAAAAGAAUGAAAAACAUAUUGUUAAUUUUACUGCCACAGGCAAAGAAAAAACAACAAAAACAAACGUUUAGUCAAUUUUUUUGCUUUUUGGAAAAAAAAAACAAAAAACUUUGAUCAACUGACAAAAAAAAAAAAAAAAAAAGCACUGAAGAACUCUGAUAACUGUUGCUUACCCAAUAAGAAGAGUCCCCUUUUUAAAAAAGAUAGUGAUAUUUUCGCCCAUAUUUAUUGGGUCACAUCGAGAACAGCCACGAUAACGCAGGGAGAAGGGAAGGGCGGGGUCGCGCCGCGGCGGCCUCCGCGAAUCGCGGCUUGUCUCGUCUCCAAUAAAGAAACUGAAGGCGAAGGGACCAAAGCGGAGACCGAGCCUCCUCAGAGCGCAGCCAUCACCCGACAUGCAUCACAAAACAGCGACGCCAACGCGAGCCGUCUCCCUGUCUCAGGCCUCCCAUUGUCCGUCCACCACCAGUCCAGUUCCGCCGCCGAUCAGCCAAGCAACAGGACAACGGCAUCCAUGAACAUCCAAGCUGAUGAUGAGCUGAAGCCUAAACUCAAAAAGAAAGAAAGAGAGAGAGAGAAAAAAAAUAAAACCCAACAAAAAGUAAAAAAAAAAAAAAAAAAACGACAGCUAUAUCUGUGGAAAGUGGCAUAGCACCACGUUGUUUCUUUUGCAACCGGGGGGUGGGUGGGGAGCAGAAUCACACACACCCUCCCCACCCCCCAUACAUAUGUGUCAGACUACACUUAAAAACUUCAGGAUGUUGCGUAUACCGUAGAUGCCGUAGUUUUGUACGUUUCAGUCGCGGUAGAAUUGUGAGAUUUUCACCAAGGCACUUCUGUACAGCGCGAUCAAACACACACACACACCACUCACCAAGUCCGACAGACAUGCUGAGUUAGUAUUUAUUUGGUUCGUUUCUUUUUUUAUUUAUUUAUUCUUAGUACUAAAUGACAAUCAUGAAUGAGUCACCAGUUCUUAUCGAGACGAACAUCGAUGGACGUGCUUCUUUUGUUUUGUAAGAUAUGUAAUAAAUGUUUUGUUUUUGGGUUUUUUUUUUUGGUUUUUGUAUUUGUUUUCGGUUUGCUGACAGGGAAACAAUAGUCAACUGGCAAAAAGAGUAAUUUAUGUAAUGAGGUGUUUUAAAAAGCAGUUUAUACUUUAAAUAAAGUCUUUAAAACUGUGAAAUCUGUUUUUUCGAAGUAUAUUUCGAUGUACAGUGUAUAGACUUACCUUUAUGCAGCACAGUAGAAUAUUGUUCAGAAUAUCAAGUUUUAUAUUUCUAAGAGGAAGUGGCUUGUAAUGUGCGAAACCUUUAGCUGCUCUUACUACUCUAGAGUUUUGUGGCACUCUGAUACUCCAUUAUCUACGAUAUCGGUCCAAAGUUUGUUUUUCUUAUUCUUUUUAUUUACUGUUUGUUUGUUUGUUGUUUGGAAGCAGAUUCUUUCUGUCCUAGAUCCCAACAGCAGUAGCAGUAAUGGAUCCCUCUCACUGUGAGGAGACUCGUGCUGGAUGUCAUAAUGUACCAAAUCAGUAUUAUCAGAGGGUGAAUCUUAUACAUUCACUGAAACGAGACUCUUCUGAGAACCUUAUCAAUAAAACAUAAUUGUUUACUUCAACUGA